UGUGCUGCAGCCUACACAGACGGCAUCCACAUUUCUCAGCGCCAUCUCUGCACUCGCGCGCGCUUCUCCAGGUUCAGUUCGAGGCUUCGUGAACCCCUUCGACGAGCGUUCGAACCCCGGGAUUCGAACUCAGGCUUUCGCAUUCCUGAAUUUCUCGCUUGUCCCUUGCCUGCGAUAGCUGUGGGAGCGAUGAAGCAGGUCCCGGUCGCCCCCGAGUCCCCCCGCCCCCCCAGCAGGGAGGACGAUGCCCAAGUUCCAGAAGUAUGCCAAGUCGGCCUCGCAGGGCGUCGCGGGCGCAGGAGGGCCCCGCGGGUCGUCCCCGUCGCCGCCCCUCAGGACGCGCACGAGCCACCGCCUGGCGAUCUCGUCUGCCGCGGCUGCCUCUGCGACCACCACCUCCAGCAGCUCCGUCAGCUUCUCCAGCAGCACGGUGUUGAAGGUUGCGCAGUGCAAGCCCUCCAUCCAAGUGAUCGCCGGCAACAACGGCGUAAACUGCGUCAGCAAAACCGCAGACAGCAGCGCAAACUGCAACGGCAGGGCAGCGGACAGCAGCAGAAGCGCAGAGAGCAGCGCAAACUACGCGAGCAGCAGAAAUUCGAGCAGCAGCAGCAACGGCGACAGUUACGUCGCCAGCGCAAACUACAGCAGCAGCAGAAGCGCAAGCAGCAACGGCAGCUUAAGCUUCAGCGACAGAAGCGGCGGCCUGACCAGCAGCAUGAGCGGCAGCGCCAAGGAGGAGACGGAGCCGGCGGUGGAGGCGCUGGUGCCGGGCUCGCUGGCGCUGCCGGAGAACACGGUGGAGGUGCACUUCAUCCCCGACUCCGAGAGCAGCGUCGUGCGCAUUCCGGGCCGCGGCGACCUCCUGCAGCUGCGCCACCACGGCCGCGUCAUCACGCUGCCGGUGGCGCCCUCGGGCGUGGCCGUAGGCGACCAGGAGAAGACGGACAUGGCGGCCCCGGUCAGUCAGUACGCCUUCAAAAGCAGCCCACAGGAGGCCCCCGUGGACUUCAGCCCCGGAGGGCCCCGGGGGGACCCGCUGCUGGCCAGGGCCGCCCCGCUGGCGCCUGCGUCGCCUGCAGGCAACGUGUCCGUCGACUCCGGCGUGCUGGACGUGUCCGGCGGCAGCAGCAGCAGCGAGAGCCUGGGGCUGCCGUCGGCGGAGCUGUUUCGCAGCGACGAGGACCUCAGCGGCGCCGACCUGGCGGCCCCGAUGGCCCCCGCGCGCCUGCCCAGCAUCGAGAGCGCCUUCAGCCGCGUCGGGGAGGCCUUCCGGGGCCCCGAAGACACGGAGCCGCCCCCCGCCCACGCCUCCGAGCCGCCCCCCCCACUCUGCCGAACAGUCCCCAUCGUACGCUACGCUAAGAACGGUCACCUCCGUGUCGUCCUUCACGCCCUACCCGCCGCAGUCGACGCCCCUCCCGUCGCCGCCUGCGCCCGUAAGCCUCCCGUACGCCCACGAGUCCCUGUACGUCGACGCCAUGGGCUCCCUCGGCCAGUACCAGACCAUCAGCCCGCCCGGAAGCCUCCUCACGCCCGCAGACUCGGUCCACAGCCACCUCAUGCCGCCCAUGCACAACUACCCGCCCGAAUAUGCGUUGAGCUAAAUAUUCAUCAAUACGCGGAGCACCCACCGAUGGCGGGCACGAACGGCGGCCUGGCGCUGGCGUACCCCCACGGGGCCGUGCCCAGCGGAUGUAGCUUCAGCAGGGGAGUCCCUCGCCCCUCGUCCUCGGCGACCUCGCCCUCCUCCUCAGCCAUCGGGGUGAACGUGAUCGGCAACGGCGGGUGUCCCAGAACGGGCCCCGGGUCGCGCGGGGGAAGGGCGCGGUCGCAGCGCGUGCACGAGAAGCUGUCCCGGGAAGAAUACAAAAAAUCCGCAUGCGACCGCGAGAGGCAGCGGAUGCGGGACAUGAACAGCGCCUACGACGUCUUGCGGGAUCGCCUGCCCUUCUCCAAGCCCCCGGGGAAGAAGUGCUCCAAGAUGGACAGCCUCAGUGGGAGAGAUCGCUUCCCUUCUAAGCUGGAGACGUUGAGACUGGCCAUCCGCUACAUCCGCCACCUCGUCAACCUGCUCUCCGUCCCGGCCGGCAGCAUCUACCCCGACUACGACCCGCCGCCCUACAACGUGUCGUCCGUCCCGACGAACCUCCGUCUGCAGCACCGCAUCUACUCGCACCCUCCGUCCACGGCGCCCGCGGACUCCCACGCCCCCGCCAGCAUCGCCCUCUACACCUCCGCCGCGCACGGCCUCGAGGGGCUCGAGUACCAGUACAUGCCGCAGGGCCUGACCACGUCGACCCUCUCCCACGCCGACUACCUCAGGGACUCCAUCUGGCAGUCGGAGACGCCCCUCGCAGAUUACCAGUACUGAGGGCGCCCUUCGCUUCACCCCGCGGGGCUACUGGGGUCGGAGGGCGAGGGUCCUGCUAUUCACAGUGAUUGCUCAAAAAAAUCUUAGCUGUCUUCGAAGGCAGAGCGGCCUGUGCUACUCCUAAAGCAGCAAGCCUUAUCAGAGAAUGUUCACCUUUUUUUUCCCAAGGACAAAAAAGCCUCCUUGUCUGUAGGCGGAGAACCGAUGUGGGUAAUAUUAACGAACUAGUCAUUUUCCAAACCAAAGUGCUCUUAGUAUCGCUGAGGAACGCAGAAGGGGAGUAACGAGGGAUGAUAAACCUGCCACGUAGAAUAAGACGAAGACGGAAGCCAUUUGAAAAUCCGUCUGUCAUAAGGAAAAGGGAGUUAAGCAUAACAAGAGUGUCGUGUGAACUAGUUAAUCCUCACGAGUUUUCUUUUAAUGAAUGCAGUGUAUAUUCUUGAGUGCAGGACUACACACAGCCUUGAGGGCAGAAGCGAUAUCUUUAUGUUAUGAUAUUGCAAGUACGUUUUAUAUACCAAUGUAAAGUUCAUACAACUAGGCUUUAUAUGUGGCUUACUUUUUCAGCACUAUUGUUAUAACCUGAGAAUAUAAGACCUUGUACUUCCUUAAGCUUUGGAAAAAAUAUUCCUUGGCAAAUUCACAUGUAACGAGAGAAACCCUGUAAGACAUAUUUAUUUGACAGCGUGUACAUUUAAGCUUUGAGAGAAGGAAAAAGCGUUCGUUCGAGGAGGCCCGAGUCCUUCAUGAGGCCAUUUGUAGGGAGCGAGCCAGCAAAUGGAUAAUUUCCUCCAUGAUACCAGGGGCCUGUCCAACGAAGACCGCGUUCCCUCAGCGAUUUCGAAAACCAAAAAACAAAAACCCGAUGAGAAUUUCACUUUAAAUGGUUAGUUGACAAACCAUCGUCUCAUUUGGAUAGCUUGAUGACCAAAGAAGUCCUUUCAUCAGAAUUUUGCCUUAUUUACAUCUCGACUGUUUUAGACGGAAGAGAACAUCAGUAUACCAUGCUGGCUCGAUCCUCAUACUGUUAUGUGAUGUACCAGGCGCGUGUUUUGAAACGAGCCACUUUGGAAGAAAAAUAACUUCUUUAAAGAGAGUAUGGUUCUUUAUUCAGAUAAAAAAAAAUAUAGUGAUUAAAUCCGACUAGGGAAAUAUUUAAGAAACUGACACUAUCAUGUAAAUCAAUAUCUGAAGCAGAGAGGGUGGGUAUUUUUAUGAUAUUAAGUAUGUUAAGAAGUCCGAAAGAGUCAUAAUUCUUUUCGAAACUGUCGACGAGCUCUACUCUAGUUAUAAUGUAAUUUUAUUUAAUUUAUGCUUUACAUACACCGAAGACGGUAUCCUAAUGAGAGAGUACAUUUUCAAUAUUUCUAGUCAUACGCCGACCAAAGGACAAUUUUCUUUGCGCUAACACAUUUGUUUUGACGUUCGUUAUUGGCUCAUCCAGCUGGCACGUCAAUAAAGAUUUCCAUUUUGACGAAUCUCAGAAAAAGUUGGCAUUUUCCAUUUUGCAUUUCUUUUUCUUUCUUUUCAUUCUCUUUUACUGCAACUACGAGAGUCUAUGUAGAUCAAAGACUAGAUAAGCCUGUUUAUUUUCUUCUUGUAUAGUCUUUGAUGUAAAUAUACUUAUGGGCAUGAACCGUCUCGGUUUGUGGGGACGCGGAUAUGCCCCUUAUCUUUAAGUUAUCUGUACCUGUUGUGAAGAGACUGGAUGACUGUAGAUUGUAAGUGUAUUAUUCGCUAGUCCAUAUUUACUUUUGUGUUUGUUAUGUUAUUUGUUCAGUAAAUUAAUAUGAAUAAAAA